AUGCCUCUCCAUCUACGGCCAGCCACAUCAGCAGACGUGACAGAAAUGGUGGACGUCUACUUCUCGGCCUUUGCCUCGUCGCCGCUAACCCAGAUCGUGUUUCCGGAAUUAUCACCCGCCUCGCGUAAACUAUGGACGGACAUGCUAGCCGAGGAGCUCCACGACGCACGCGCGCACACUGCCGUCGUAGUCGACUCGCCGGCUGACUCGUCGCCCGAAAACGACGCCGGCGCCAGCCCCGACGGCAGAAUCAUCGCCUUCGCCAAGUGGGUGGCCCCCUCGCCCGUCCCAGACGCAACGUCGGUGCCGGCGCCGCCGCCGCGGUCCAUAUGGCCUGCCGACGGCGACCCGGCGUUCGCGGACGAGUUCUUCACGGGCAUCACGGCCAAGCAUGCCGAGAUCAUGGGCGGCCGGCCGCACUGGUACCUGGAGCUGAUCGCGACGCGGGCCGAGGACCAGGGCAGAGGCGCGGGCGGCAUGCUGAUGCGGUGGGGCGUCGGGCUGGUCGGCGCGCAGGCUGCCUUCCUCGAGGCCAUGGAGGGGGCCAAGGCGCUGUACGGCAGGUUCGGGUUCGUGACGGUGCAGAGGAUGGACUUUGUUGCGCCGGACGGGAGGGUUGUUGGCCAGGACUUUAUGAACCUCUUCCUCAUCAUCAAGCUCGGCGUUGCUCCUGUCAACAUGGAGACCGGGAGCCCAUCAACUAGACCCAAGGUCGUCAAGCCAAAGCCCAUCAAGCCAAAGCCCAAACCAACUGGUUCUGGGCCCAACAAGCCCAAGAUUGCUCUUCGCGACCAGGACUUUUAG